AAGGCGGCGGGCGGGUCUUGCGCUUGGCAGCCGCUGGCGCUAUGGUGGGUGGCGAGGCGGCCGCUGCGGUGGAAGAGCUGGUUUUGGGGGUGCGGCAGGCGACCGACUACGCGGAACAGUUCCGUUCCUACUCCGAGAGCGAAAAGCAAUGGAAGGCCCGGAUGGAGUUCAUCCUCCGUCACCUUCCCGACUACCGCGACCCGCCCGACGGCGGCGGACGCCUGGACCAGCUGCUCUCCCUCUCCAUGGUCUGGGCCAACCACCUUUUCCUGGGCUGCAGUUACAACAAAGAUCUUUUAGACAAGGUGAUGGAAAUGGCUGAUGGAAUUGAAGUGGAAGACCUGCCACAGUUUACUACCAGAAGUGAAUUAAUGAAAAAGCAUCAAAGCUAAAGAAGAUUUAUCACAUUUCAUCAUCACCUGCAGGCUCAGAAAGGAGACUGCGGUGAAUGUGACAUUGAUCAGUGUCCCUCUCAAGACUCCUAGUAUUACCCACCCAAAGGAGGAGUGGCAGCUGGAGUGAAAAGGAAUCUAUCUAGAUUGACUUUUUAAAAAGUUCUCAUUCUUCUAGUAGCUAUCACUGUAAAAGUUUGCAUGGACAUUCAUGUGUUUGUAAUAUAAGUCUAUCAAGAUUGUAGAAGUCCUGUUCUUUAUUUUCAGUUUUUAAAUGUCAAACUUUUAUGGAAAGUGCCUGAUUUUUAACUGUUAAUGUAGUAUGGGGAUAUGAAUUUUAUUGAUUUGGAUUUUUCACCAAUGUACCUUUAAGUGUGAUUCAAUUUUAUGAACUUUCCCCUUCACACUGAGGUAAAACAUCCUUUAUUUCCUAUUUUCUACCUGAAAUUUAUGCCACACACACACACACACACACACACACAUAUCCCAUCUCUUUAUUCCCCCCUUUUCUUUUUUUUUUUUGUUGGGAAUCAAAUCAUAGGACUUAAAAGGGUCCCUGAGGUACCCACCAAUUCAUAGAAAGAGGCAUCCUACUGAAAAGCAUCUGGCCUUAUUUUGUUAAACUCAUUCACACGAGAUUCUGCAGCUUUGCCCAGCCAGCCAGCCAAUUUGUAGAUUCUCUAGAAGGUAUCCCAGGCUGUUAAGUAAAACCCACAUCCUGUUUUUUUUUUUUCCUAGGGAGAGCUUGAAGCUUGGGUCUUCUAGACUUCAGGUACUGCCUUGCACAUAGCCCCUCAGGAAAUACUCUAAGCAGCAUCCUGCUUUGCUCUGAAAUUAUGGUAUUCAUUUUCCCCUUUUUAGUGUAUCUGUUUUUCAUCUCAUCCCCUGUUCCUUUCUUAUUUAAUACCCACCAUUAACUAAAUACCUUCAGGCAUAAAUACUGGGAGAGAGGCUUCAUUUGGGGGACACAAUUUAACAGUCAGCCGCAGCAGGAUUCACUCAUUCAGUGCCAGGCACUGUGCUUGGUACUGGGGAUGGUGACAAAUAAAACAUAGACCCUGCCUUAGCUUAAUUUACUGGUGACUAUGGGUAACUGUAAAAGUAAUUCAUUGUGCCAGAAGUGCUUGAGAGGAGAGCUGCUUGUGGGAGCAUGGUGUCUGGGGACAGAGAAGUUGGACAAGACUCUUGCCUAUGUCUUGAGACUUAGGCCAGGCAGCAUGCUUUGGAUGGGCCACAUUCCUGCAUGACUUCUAGCUCCCAUUUCCCUAGUAACUACUAGGAUGGACUGAGCAGAGGUCAAGGACUUGGAAUCUGCCUCUGAUCUGUGACCUUGGACAAGCGACUUCUCUCCCCUGAGCUCACCUCAAAAAUGGAGAUCAUAGAAAGAUAUACCACAAAGAGCUAUGAUGGCGAGGACUAAUUAAGAGUAAAUAUGCUCAACAAGCCUUAAUCUAUUCUUUUCCUCAAAUGUAAACCAGCCUUUUUCCAUUUUGAUUAUCUGCUUAAAAUACAAAGUG